AAUGGAGAGUGUGCUGCAACAGCUGACUCGUGGAAAUGCCCUGCUGUUCAUCGUCAUCUUGGGCAUCGGAGGAAGCUUCCAGUCAGGGUACCACCUGACCAGCCUGAGCUCUCCCACCCCGUUCAUACAGAACUUUAUCAACAGCAGCUGGUACCACAGAUACCAGGAGGUUCCCCAUCAGCAGAGCGUCACCACCAUCUGGUCCCUGGUCGUCUCCUUGUAUGCCGUGGGCGGGCUCCUCGGCUCCGUCAGCAUCAAGUUCAUCACAGACGUAUUCGGGAGGAAGAAGGGAAUGAUCUGCAGCAGCCUGGCGUCGGUCGCCGCCGGAGCCGUGGUCCUGCUGAGUAAGAGAGUGGAGUCCUUUGAGAUGAUCAUCGUGGCCAGGAUCCUCUUCGGUUUCUCAGCAGGUCUCGGGGUGUACUCUCACCAGAUGUACCUCAGCGAGAUGUCCCCCAGAAAGAUCAGAGGGAACGUCACCAUGACAUCAGCAACCUUCACCACUCUUGGAAAAUUAUGUGGGCAACUGUUCGGACUCAGCGAGAUGCUGGGCCGUGAGCAGCUGUGGAAUGUUCUGCUCAGUGUCCCGGCGUGUUUCUCCGUGCUCUACCUGCUGCUGCUGCCGUUCAUCCCUGAAGCUCCCAGGUACCUCUUCAUAGAGAAGGGCGACGAGGAAGGCUGCAGGAGAGCUCUUCAGAGUCUGUGGGGGAGAGGGAACUUCAAGCAGGAGAUGGACGAGAUGUUGGCGGAGCAGGCCGCCAUCGACGCGGCCAGGUCACGGAGCCCUCUGCAGCUGCUGAGGGACCGGACGGUGCGGUGGCAGCUGCUCACGCUUCUGGUCAUCGUCCUGUGUAACCAGCUGUCGGGCAUGCCCGUGGUCAACACCUUCUCUUUCGACAUCUUCCAGAAGGCCGGGAUUCCCGCCGAUAAGAUCCGCUACGCCACUCUUGGCCUGGGAGUGGCAGAGCUUUUCACCUCCAUCUCUUGUGGUUUGCUGAUCGAACACACGGGGAGAAGACCCCUGUUGUGGGGGGCCUAUGGUGUCUUGACCGUCAUCUGGGUGGUUUUCACCGUCCUGCUCAACAUCCAGGUGUCUUCCCUCUGGUCCUCUUACCUGAGCGCUGCUCUGAUCGUCCUGCUCGUCGUCUUCUUCUGCGGAGGACCCUCUACUGUCACGGCGACGCUCAACAGCGAGAUCUUCGUCCAGUCCAACCGCCUGGCCGCCUUCGUCGUCGUCGGGAUGGAGCGCUGGUUGAUCUUCGGCCUGAUGGGCUUCGUCUUUCCGUUCCUGUUUACCGCUCUGGACUCCUUCUGCUUUGUCAUCUUCGCCUGCAACUGCCUGCUGGGUUCUCUGUACGUCUUCUUUGUCCUGCCCGAGACCAAAGGGAAGACCCUGCUGCAGAUCUCCCAGGAGUUCAGAGCCAUCACCGUCUGUGGCAGAUCGCUCUCCGAGGAGAAGGCGGCGGACGUGGCGACCAGAUUAUGA